CACGGGCUUGACGAGAUCUGAGGCGCUCAGGUGUAAGAGCCUCUCUCAUCCCCAGCAGUGGGAAACAGUAGACAGAUAAGUGCGUCUGAGAGUCUGCAGGCAUCUCUGUGAUCUCCGGGCUCAAGGCUGCACUCGGCGCACUACACAGCGAACUGCGCCGCAUCAUUACUGGAGAGGCAAAGGAUCAGUGUGUCUAUGACUAUUUUACAGCUCUUGUAGCCGUUCCCCCUUGUUUCCCGUGCACUUUAAUUGGAGAAGCUCGCCAAGAUGAUGUCCAUGAACAGCAAACAGCCGCACUUCGCCAUGCAUCCCUCUUUACCCGAGCACAAGUACACCACCCUGCAUUCCAGCUCGGAAGCUAUAAGGAGAGCCUGUCUACAAACUCCACAGCUGCAGAGUAACAUAUUUGCGAGCCUGGAUGAGACCUUGCUGGCCCGGGCUGAGGCGUUGGCGGCCGUGGACAUCGCGGUGUCCCAGGGCAAGACGCAUCCGUUUAAGCCUGACGCCACCUACCACACGAUGAGCACGGUACCAUGCUCCUCGACGUCCACUGUACCGCUGGCCCACCACCACCAUCACCACCACCACCACCAUCAGAACCUGGAGCCUCCGGACAUCAUGGACCACAUCAGCUCACAGUCGCUCAGCCUGAUGUCCAGCGCGCACGACGGGGCCGGCGGAGGCGGUGGCGGAGGUGGUGGAGGUGGCGGCGGAGGGCUGAUCUCCACCUCCUCCGGCCACCCGCACUCUCACAUGCACGGCUUGGGUCACCUCUCCCAUCAAGCUAUGGGCAUGAACUCGCCUCUCACCCACCACGGGCUCUUACCGGGACAUCACGGGGGAGGUCAAGGCGGCCCGGGGCUCACUAACUCCGGACUCCCCUCCAUCAAUGACUCGGACACAGACCCAAGGGAGCUGGAGGCUUUCGCGGAGCGGUUCAAGCAGCGCAGGAUCAAGCUGGGGGUGACCCAGGCGGACGUGGGCAGCGCUCUGGCGAAUCUAAAAAUCCCCGGCGUGGGGUCACUGAGCCAAAGUACAAUUUGUCGAUUCGAGUCGUUAACUCUCUCUCACAACAACAUGAUUGCGCUCAAACCCAUUCUCCAGGCCUGGCUGGAGGAGGCCGAGGGGGCCCAGAGGGAGAAAAUGAGCAAACCUGACAUUUUCAACGGAGGGGAAAAGAAACGCAAGAGGACCUCGAUAGCGGCUCCAGAAAAGAGGUCUUUGGAGGCGUACUUCGCCGUGCAGCCUCGACCGUCGUCCGAAAAAAUUGCAGCUAUAGCGGAAAAGUUGGACCUGAAAAAAAAUGUGGUGCGAGUGUGGUUUUGUAACCAAAGACAGAAGCAGAAGAGGUUGAAAUUUUCCGCGACUCACUGAUGCGCACAGAAAAGAAAAGAUAAAACAAAAUAAGAACUUAAGUGACUGAAUUUGGGGACCAAGGGACACUACAACACCAUUUUCAGUCUUUUGUCUCCAGUGAUUUUACACGCUGGAGCACAAUGGGCUUUAGAUACCCGGUUUAUGAGGCUUCAUAUAUCUUGUUUAUUUUCACGUUAUCGGUGAAUGUAAAGUAUGCAAAUAACAGAUCACAUGAAUUUCGCUCAGUUGUUAAGAGGGAAAAAAAGUUUAGCGACGUCGAAAUUGCCUUUAAAACACGUUGAAAGAGGUAAUUUGCUUGAUAUUAUAGCGAGUUAUUUUCUCCCAAUAGGCCUAUUAUUUAAAGCAUAGCCAUUUACGAAUUACCUCAUUGAUUGUCGAACUGUGUUUUUGCUUUUAGGUUUUGUCGUUGUUGGUAUAAUAUAAUUCAUGAAUCUGUUCAUUUAUUCAUCUGUUAAAUUAUUCUCGUUUGGAGGCUGCUAUCAACUCAAAUUUAGUUGCAAACUUAUAACUAACUAAAAAAAUUAGGCCUGCAUGAAAUCUUAAUUCACGGGCAGUAAUUUAGCCUCGGUGGGCUGUCACAUCUAUAGAUAUAUUUAUUUUAAAUUUGCACAAAAGACCCUUUAGGUUUAUAGAGCAGUAAUGUCGAAAUGGUUUUGUAUAUACAGACUUCACUUUAUCACGUAUCAGAGAUGAGCUCCUGUGUUUGGAAAUAAAUUAUAGUGUCUGUGGACACGAUUGGCGUCACAUGGGAACGUUUCAGAGGGCAAGAGAACCUUUUCUGCUCCAUAAAGAAGAGACCACAAAAAAUUUCGUCGUGUUUCAGUUUGCAGUGCAAACACUCUAUGCAUUGGGAAAAGAUCACUGCGUACAGUAGAGCUGUCUACUGGUAGACCUUAUUUUGUGGAUGGUGUAAGUCACUGUUAAAUGCCUGUUUUCACAUUAAGAUCACCACGUUGUUUGUCGUGUUAAUUGUUACGGAAACGUUGUGUAAGUACUAUUUUUUACUUUGUGCACAAGUAUGUUUACAAAACUGCGGCGACAUGUGCAUCGAGGAAAAUGUCCCACUGUCUCCUUCCCCUCUCUCACAACUUGUUCGCUCUCCUCUGUUGUCCCCUUACUUUCAUUGGUACUCUUCAUCCUGUAAGCCAAAUUCAACAGGGAGGUGUGUUCCAGCAAUCUUCUAAUAAAUCGAAGAAAGAAA